GCUGGUCCGGGGCGGAGUCGGCCCUGGGCUGAUGGCUGAUGGAUGGCUGGUGGCUGAGCUCUGAGCACACUGCCUGGGCGGCCUGCUUCAUCCCGCAGCCUUGCUGUCCCCAUGGCGUCUGGACCGCAGAGAAGUGCCGAGAAGGCUCUGGGCUGCAGAACGGGAAUGCAGCUCUUGGGGCUGGUGGUCUGCGUGGUCCUUGGGACCCUGCCUGCCCGGUCAUCAGGAGAGGUGCUGACACACGUGGACCCCGAGACACAGAUGAACGUGAGUGGAAUCAUCUCUCACUGGGGCUUCCCCGUUGAGGAGCACUUCGUUGAGACAGAGGACGGAUACAUUCUUUGCCUUCACAGAAUCCCUCACGGCAGGAAGAACGGAGCUGACACAGGCCCCAGGCCUGCGGUCCUCCUGCAGCACGGCCUUCUGGCGGACGCCAGCACCUGGGUCACCAACCUGCCCAACAGCAGCCUGGGCUUCCUCCUGGCCGACGCCGGCUACGACGUGUGGAUGGGCAACAGCCGCGGAAACACCUGGUCGCGGAGGCACCGGAGCCUGUCCCCCGACCGGGACGAGUUCUGGGCCUUCAGCUUCGAUGAGAUGGCCAAUUAUGACUUACCGGCCUCGGUCGACUUCGUGCUGAGCAGAACUGGCCAGGAGCAGCUUUUCUACGUGGGCCACUCCCAAGGCACCUCCAUCGGUUUUGUGGCAUUCUCACGGAAACCAGAGCUGGCCAGAAAGAUCAAGCUGUUUUUUGCCCUGGGUCCUGUAGCCUCACUCGACUACUCCACGAGCCCUCUCUCUAAACUGGCAUACCUCCCAGAGUUUGUCGUAAAGGACUUAUUUGGGGUCCAGGAGUUCCUUCCCCAGAGCAGGAUGAUGAAGUGGCUCAGCACACACUUUUGCAACCACGUCAUUUUGAAGGAGCUCUGUGGAAAUGUAUUCUUCCUUCUGUGUGGAUUCAAUGAGAGAAAUUUCAAUAUGUCUAGAAUUCCAGUCUACGCAACACACUGUCCUGCAGGGACGUCUGUGCAAGACUUGCUGCAUUGGGCCCAGAUUUUCAAGUCUCACAAGUUCCAAGCAUUUGACUGGGGAAGUCCAGCCAAGAACAUGCUCCACUACAACCAGACUCGCCCCCCCAGCUACGACGUGAGGGACAUGCUGGUGCCCACCGCUGUCUGGUACGGGGGUCACGACUGGCUCGCCGACCCCAAGGACGUCAGCAUGCUGCUGCCCCGCAUCACCAAGCUGGUGUACAGCAAGCUCCUUCCGGAAUGGGAGCACCUGGACUUUCUCUGGGGCCUGGACGCCCCUUGGCGACUCUACAGCAGAAUCGUGAGCCUGAUGAGGAAGCACCGGUGAGGGCAGCACUGAGGGGUGGCCCCCGGCUCAACCAGCAAGACCUGCUAAGAUGUGUUUGCUCUGUGCUCAGAAAUAACCACUGCUCUUUCCCAAGGCUUUUGUCUUCCUGUAUUCUAGCAAAUGAUGGUCCUCAAAAUGCCCCGGCUCUUUCUGGGAGGGUCUGGGAACGGGGAGACUUUGUGUCUGCUCACGACUGGGUGUGAGGAGGAGAGUCCCGGCCCUUGCCUUCUCUUGACUAGACCUGCCAGGGGUCGCUGGCCUGUGAGAAGGAGUCUCCUCUCUGCUCACCCUUGCAGUCGGCAGUGCCUGCUUCUCAAGCGCAAUUUGAAGCAGCCUCCCAGCUCCCGGCGGUGUUUGCUGACUUAUGCACUCAAGUUUUUAGACUCUGUUGUCCACCUGCAAAUCACCUGACCCCGAUCUGAGAGGGUCCCGCUGAGGGUACCAUCUCCGCGCCUCAGCUGACUCGCCCAGGGCAAUGGCCUCGUGUUCAGGAGUCUGUAAGGACCCUUCUGCUCUCCUGAGCCGGUGCAGAGUCAGAUCCAGAGACCCCCCCCCGGCUGCACCGGCUACAAGGACCCCCUAAUAAGGGGGUUGGGCGGUGGUGCGCUGGGCUAAGCGCAGAUAGUACUAAGUGCAAGGACCCGCUCAAGGAUCCCGGAUUGAGCCCCCAGCUCCCCACCUGCAGGGGAGUCGCUUCACAGGUGGUGAAGCAGGUCUGCAGGUGUCUGUCUUUCUCUCUCCCUCUCUGUCUCCCCCUCCUCUCUCCAUUUCUCUCUGUCCUACCAAAGAAAAUGGGAAAAGUAGCCUCCAGGAUUUGUAGUGCUGGUGCCAAGCCUCAGCGACAACCCUGGAGGCAAAAAAAAAAAAAGGAAAGAUGCCCAGGUGCGUCUCACCGCACUCCCCUGAGGUAACCGUGAUUCUGCAGACACUUCACUGCAGCCGAGCAAAAACAUUCCCGGAUUCUUCAGAGACAGAUGACGCUGAUCAGGACUGACUGGCUUUUGGAUGGCGCCCUCCUCACAUGCUUGCCUGCUUGCACCCCCUUCUCUGAGGAGAGCUGAACGAGGCCUGAAGGAGGCCAUCCCAGUUCUGAGGCCUGUGGGCCCCAGGGCCUCGUGCCCAGCUCAUUUUCAUGCCCCACAGGGAGCGUUUCAAGACUGAACUCAGGGACUCUUCUCGCCUUUCCGGCUGGCCUGUGUCCACAUUGCUGGCGCCCAGGGCAGGAAGCUCACUCUGCUUUCCCUCCGUCUGGCUCUGUUCUCGUGCACACGGGCGGGCAGGGUGACACGGAGAUGCUUUUCCGAUGAAUUUGCUUUGCAGGAAAUAAUAAAGAGCUUUGUUCUAUCA